UCGAACGACGCAGCAUGGGCGAUACGAAAAAGAACCGGGGACUGCAGAUCCUGUCACUACUUCUGAUCCUGCGACUCCGGGGAGCGAGCUCCGACCUCGCUGGCGAUUGGCUGGUGGAUUAUGGCCAGCAGGAGCUGAAAUUGCUGGAGGGCGAAAGUGAGCAGGUGCCACUGCAUAUAUACAAUGUGAUACCCAAGGACUCCGAGCUGGAUUACUAUUUCUUGGUCUACUCGGGCGAUGAGGGGCGCGCCUCCUCCCAGCUGAAGAUACCAAAGGAGGAUUUCGAUCUGGUGGGCAGCUGGCGGGGAUUGGUGGAUGUGACGGGCCUGCGAUUUGGCUACAGUUCGCUGGAGGUGGAACUUCACUCGGGUGCAGAGGUGGAACCCUAUGCUAAUCCCCUGCGCAUUGCAGUGCUGAGAUCUCGAGUGGUGGACGAAAGGGUGACCACCUAUGUGUCCGCCGCUUUGGCUCUGCUGAUGUUCCUCAAUCUGGGGACGGUGCUGGAUAUGCAACGGCUGGCGGGGAUUAUCUGCCGACCCGUUGGGCCCGUGGUGGGCGUGGCCAGUCGGUUUGUGCUAAUGCCCGCCCUGGGAUUCGGACUGGGGCGUGGCCUCUGGCCGGAUGCCUGGGCCAUGCAGCUGGCUCUCUUCUACACCGCCCUGGCGCCCAGCGGCGGACUGGCCAACGUGUGCGCCGUGUUCCUCAAGGGCAACAUCAAUCUGUCGGUGGCCACCACCACGAUCAAUUGCCUGCUGGCCCUGGCCUUCCUGCCCCUCUGGAUCCUGGUGCUGGGCAGGCUGCUCUACGAGGACGACGAGCUGGCCGUCCCGUUUGGCCAGCUCUCGGGCGGAGCGGCUGCCCUGGUGGCCUGCCUGGCCAUUGGCGUCCUGCUGCGACUGUGCGUCCCUAGGACCACGCGCUUCAUCUUCCGCUUCCUGAAGCCCCUGUCCGUCGUCCUCAGCCUGUGCCUCGUGGGGCUGACCGUGGGGCUCAACUGGUUCGUCUUCAUGGAGUUUACCUGGCAGGUUCUGGUGGCCGCCGUGUGCCUGCCCCUGGCCGGCUACCUGGCCACCUACCUGCUGUCCAAGCUCCUCUGCCGCUCGGCCACCGAUGCCCUGACCCUCUCGAUCGAGGCCAGUGUGCUGAACAUGACCAUGCCCAUUGUGCUGCUGCAAUCUAGUCAGCUGGAGCAGCCACAGCUGGAUCUCGUCCUGGUGGUGCCCAUUGCCUCCUCGCUGCUUUCCCUGGUCCUGGUGAUCCUUUUCUAUGGGGUGCGUCGCUGUUUGGGCUGGAACAAGCGGCAGGAUGCCGAUGGCUUUGACCACAAGGAGCUGAUUGCUGAGCACGAAGAGCACGAGGGUGAUAUCUACCAGCGACCUUAAGUCUCUAAGUUUCCAAGUUACAGGCUUUUAGUGUAUACAGUAAUCAAUGUUUUUCUUAGACUUUGACAUUUUUAUAGAAUAUAUAAAUAUUCGAUAUUUAUUGUGAAUUUGUAAGUGUAAUUGUUAAUACUUAUACUUAGAUACUAAUUUAGUUUAAAAAUUGAUAAAUAUUAUACAAAGUUUUAAAAGCGCG